AUGACCACGAUUACUUCCCAACCUUCGGCAACGACAGCAAGUAUAAGAUCAGACCAAUCCAGCAACCUGGAAUGUCGUAUCCCGAGCUAUACGAUCGAACUUGAAGGCACUUCGAACCAAUUCGUCAACUACAACGUCGCUUACACCUCCAACUCAACACUCUACGCCAGCAGCCACCAAGAGACCCAAAGGCGGUUCAAAGACUUUAAAUUUCUCCACACGCAGCUCUCUCACUCUUUUCCUGCCUCUGUUAUUCCCCCCCUUCCCGAUCAGCAUAGACUGGAGUAUCUCACAGGCGAUCGAUUCUCCAACGACUUUAUUCAACGACGCAAACAGGAUCUAGAGCGGUUUUUGCAGCGCAUCAGCCGCCAUCCGAUACUCAAGCGCUCCAAGCUUGUCAUAGACUUUUUCGUGUCGACAGAGUGGAACACAGUGAUGCACAAACUCGGAUCCCAGCCACUGUCUUACUCAACCAGCUCGAUUGAAUCGCACACACUGCUUGACAAUAUAUCCGACAGUCUUGUCAAUGCCUUCACAAAGGUCAAGAAGCCAGACGAUCGCUUUGUUGAGCUGAGAGACAAUCUCAACAGGCUAGAUGACUCGCUUAGUAAUAUAGAAAAGAUAAUUCAGAAGCUGCGUACAAAAAUCAGCAGUCAGUCUUAUAUGCAUAUCAAUCCCGAGAACUAUGCACUGACGUACUUGUCAGGUGUGGACAAUACAGCCAUCGACGUUGACCUGAAUGGAGACUACGAUGAUGGUGCGGGUGCUACACAAGCGCUAGCAUACUUGGAAUCAGGUAUCACUGAGCCAUUAAAUCGAUUCGCUCAUGCGCAGUUGGAAAUGAGCAACAUUCUAAAAGAACAGACUGUCUUAGCUUUCGAGCCUGUGCUCGAUCAUAUUCACUCUCUUAGAGCAUACGCUGCCGCUCACAAGUAUGUUCUCAAACUGCGCGAUCAGAAACAACUGGAUUUCGAACAGUUGACGACGUAUCUCUCUCAACUCGCCCUGCAACACCAAAGACUUGUAUCUGCACAACAUAUCAGCAGUGGUGGGAUUGGGGGAUAUAUUCGCGAUAAAGUGGAUCACUUGCGUGGACAAGAUGAUGAGAGUUUGCGAUUAGAGCGUAUUAGAAAAUUGGAGGAACAGAUGAAGGAGCUCGAGAAAGCAGUUGAGAAUUCAUCGAAACAAAAUGUUGAGUUCAGUCAGGCCGUGUUGAGAGAACACUCCAUCUUCGAUAUGGCUAAGAGGAUCGAAAUGAAGGAGAUUCUUCACCAUUUGGCUGAUGGUCAUAUUGUGGCUUAUAAGAAGACGUCUGAGGAAUUCGACAGACUGAUACCACAUUUACAACGUAUACGCGUCGAUGUCUAA